UUGUAAUGGAGCGUGGAAGCAUGCAAGAGAGCUUCUCUAAUCGCCAAAGCCUCUGCCAUCAGAGGAGACGAUACACCAGUUUGAGUAAAAGAUCCUCUGGAGAUUUCUGUCAUCAGGAAGAUAAUAGUGGUGACGAACAGCUCUCUACGUGUAUCAAGAACCUCCUGCCGCGUGUAACACAAGUACACAACCCCCGUACAUAAAUAUGUUGCCACCACCUGAUGCAUGUAACACAAUCAUCCCACAACAAAGUAAAAUAAAUACUCUCUAUCUCGCUCUUCUCUAAAAUCUUCAGCAUAAAGUAUAAGACUCUAAGGAAGCAAGAUGAUUAUGUGGUAUAUCAUUGUUGCUGUCGUCAUCUUAGCAUCGUUACUCGUUGCAAGGAACAUGAGAAAGACAAAGAAGAAUCUACCUCCUGGACCACCAAGACUUCCCAUAAUUGGAAACUUGCAUCAACUAGGAUCCAAACCCCAACGUUCCAUGCUCGAACUAUCUGAAAAGUAUGGACCUCUCAUGUCUCUCAAGUUCGGAAACGUGCCUACCGUUGUGGCGUCAUCUCCAGAGACAGUGAAGGAUGUCUUAAAAACGUUCGACGCAGAUUGUUGUUCGCGACCGUACUUGACGUAUGCUGCAAGAAUCUCGUACAACUUGAACGACCUAGCCUUCUCUCCUUAUAGCAAGUACUGGAGGGAAGUACGAAAGAUGACGGUUCUUGAGCUCUACACGGCGAAAAGGGUGCAAUCGUUUCGACAUGUAAGAGAAGAAGAAGUUGCUUCCUUGGUCGAGUUCGUAAAGGAGUCUGCUUCAUUGGGGAACGCGGUUAACUUGAGCAACACGUUAAUGAAACUGUCUGGAAGUGUGAUAUGCAGAGUAGGGUUUGGGAUAAAUCUCAAAGGGAGCAAACUCGAGGACACGUAUGAGGAAGUCAUUCGAGAAACCAUGGAGGUGUUGGGGAGCUUCGCAGCAGCUGAUUACCUCCCUAUCAUUGGUCGAAUCAUCGAUAGGGUCACGGGGUUACAUAGCAAAUGUGAGAAGGUUUACAAGGCAAUGGAUGCAUUUUUCGAACAUUCUAUAAAGCAACAUAUGGAAGAUGAGAGUCUUAAAGAUGAUAUCAUUGCCUUGCUUCUCAAAAUGGAAAGGGGAGAGGCUGGACUUGGAGAGUAUCAACUUACUAGAAACCACACCAAAGGGAUUCUUCUAAAUGUUCUUAUCGCUGGAAUAGACACUUCUGGCCACACAAUAACAUGGACGAUGACACACAUGAUCAAAAACCCAAGAAUUUUAAAGAAAGCACAAGCCGAGGUAAGAGAAGUGAUCAAAAACAAAGACACCAUCACAGAAGAAGAUAUAGAACAACUCGAGUAUCUCAAAAUGGUGAUGAAAGAGACGGUAAGGAUCAACCCACUUGUCCCACUUCUAAUCCCAAGAGAGGCUUCAAAGGAUAUAAAGAUCGCGGGUUACGAUGUUCCUAAGAAAACAUGGAUCCAUGUCAACAUUUGGGGUGUUCAUAGGAAUCCAAACGUUUGGAAUGAUCCGGAAGCAUUCAUACCCGAGAGGUUCGUGGACAAUGAGAUUGACUACAAGGGUUUGAACUUUGAGUUGUUGCCGUUUGGUAGCGGAAGGAGGAUGUGUCCUGGUAUGGGGAUGGGUAUGGCUUUGGCACACUUGACUCUUAUCAACCUUCUUUAUCGAUUUGAUUGGAAGCUUCCAGAAGGGAUGGAGAUAGAAGAUGUUGAUCUUGAAGAAUCGUAUGGGCUUGUGUCUCCUAAGAAAGUUCCACUUCAGCUUGUCCCGGUCCUUACUCAGUGGAGUUAAUGUUAUCCUUGGUUUUAUAUAGCUCAAUAUAUGUAACCUUAAUAAAACUAUAUAUCAUUUGUAAAAUCCAUCGUUUAGCACUUGUUUUUAUAUACUAGUUCAAGAUGUAACCUAUAUAACUAUUAUAUGUAAAUGCAUCGUUAGCACAUUGUCUUUGAUAACUACGCAACUUUCCCUGACCGUUACUUAUGGUUCAAACUAGUCUAUCAAAUUAAUGACAUACAAGUAUUUUGCUGGAUGAUCACAAAUAAUGUAUAAGAUGACUAAUUGACUAACAUUAUAGUUAUAUAAAAACUUAUAUUCAUCUAAAUUCAAUUAGAUUUUUAGCUAAGAAGCCUCUCUAGAUUCUUCACCAUUAGAGAAGAAACGUUUUGGCUCCGUAAUUUUUUUUUUUUUUGGUCAAACUGCUCCCUAAUUUCUAAUUAGAGUUCUUCCUAGACCACUGGUGAGAGUGAAAGACUUGAGACCUUUAAUAGCUGAGUAUAUUUUGUCCAUAGUUUUUUUUUAUGAAUAUGUUAUGUCUGAUAAUUUAUUUUUCACAUUUAAAAUUUACUUUAUAUUAAAUGAAUGUUUAUAUAGUUUAAUAGACAAAGAGAAAUCUAUACUAGAAGUAAAUUUGACUGGGCCACAAAUGGGCCAUUCAAAACAGGCCUAGAAAAAGCUUGUAUAUGAGACUGAUGUUGUGUAUGAGACUGAUGUGGUUUUAUUUGAACUAUGUUGUGAAUGAAAGAUUGGGUCUAUAUAUAUAUAUAUAGAAGAAGAAACUAGCCGUUAGCCUUAGAAGUUGAUGGUGUUUGCUGCUGCUCCUUACGGUUAUUUAACAUGGUCUCUCUAUUGGAACCAGAAGAAAUUAAAUUCUAUAGCAAAGGAGAGUAUAAAUUAAAUGUUUUGUUAAUAAUUUUGUUAGUUUUAGUUACACUACCAUGAAUAUGUGAAUCAAACAAUUGGAAAAUAGGGUAUUCAUAUUCUUGAUUUUCUUCAUAUUUUGCUCACUAAUUUGAUUACUUAACUCUAAAUACAAAAUUACUUUGAUGAACUAAUCUUUAUGUGAGCCGUUAGUAAACUAAAACAUAUCUCAGUUUUAACAUUAAUUAAAGUAAAGAUGAAUAUAUAAUAUGUGGUCUAGCAGAUCACACGAUAUUAACUUUAUUUUAAUGGAAAAAUCGUUAAAAUAGCCUAGUCACUAAUCUUAUGUGUCGCACUAUAAGUUAUAUCCGGCUUUAGCAUAUAUAUAUAACAAAAAAAACUUAUGCCAGCUCAUCCGGAAAAAAAUUAUACCGUUUGAAAGUAACUUAGUUAUUAAUUCUAUGUGUCGCAUUAUUAACACAAUGAGAUUGACUACAAGGGUUUGAACUUUGAGUUGUUGCCGUUUGGUAGCGGAAGGAUGAUGUGUCCUGGUAUGGCUUUGGCACACCUGACUCUUAUCAACCUUCUUUAUCGAUUUGAUUGGAAGCUUCCAGAAGGGAUGGAGAUAGAAGAUGUUGAUCUUGAAGAAUCGUAUGGGCUUGUGUCUCCUAAGAAAGUUCCACUUCAACUUGUCCCGGUUCUUACUCAGUGGAGUUAAUGCUAUCCUUGGUUUUAUAUAGUUGAAGCAGUAUGUAACCGUAAUAACUAUCAUUUGUAAAUCCAUCGUUUAGCACCUUGUUUUCAUAUAGUUCAACCUUAAUAACUAUCAUAUAUAAACGCAUAGCUUUUAGCACAUUGUCUUUGAUAACUACGCAACUUUUCAUGACCGUUACUUCUGGUUCAAACUAAUCUACCAAAUUAAUGAAUAUUUAUAAGUAUUUUGCUAGAAUGAGCACAGAUAAUGUAUAUAACAUGACGACUAACUGACUAACGCCAUAGAUAUAAAAAAAAACUUGUAUUCAUCCAAAUUCAACUAGACUUUUCGCUCAGUAACCUAUCUAAAUUUUUCACCUUUAGAGAACAAACGUUUUGGCUCCCUAAUUUCUAAUCAGGCUAUCUCUUAUACCAGUGGUGAGAGUGAAAGACUUCAAUAAUUGAGUCUAUUUUCUCCAUGUUUUUUUAAUGAAUAUGUUAAUAUUAAAAUAUCAAUUCUGUCAAAUAGCUAUUUUUAAAUUUUUGUCACAAAAAUAGUACUAGAAAAAACCAAAAUAACUUCUUUUUAUUUUGAAAAUUUUAAUUUUUUUUUAAAUUUGAAACCAUAUCCCCAAAAUUUCACUUCUUAUCUCUAAACCCUAACUUAGGGUCCGUAAGUCUAGAUUAGUUAAUCCUAGAAUAAAAAUACAUUUUUACCCUUUAGUAAAACUUAUUUUGGUCAUUUUUUUCAUUGAAAACUAUUUUUGUGACAAAAACUUUAAAAAAAUCUAUCAUAGUGAAUUUUUCAUAUCUUAAAAUUCGAAAAUAA